GUUGUCGGCCCAAUGAAAGCGAGUCUUGAGUGACACCUGGCUAUAAACCCACGGAAGGAAAAGCCCAAAGUCCACAGCACCGUUCACUUACUCACUCGCUCGCUCGGCCGUGGGGGGACGCAAAAGAGACGCGAGAAGCGACGCAGCGAUGACUUCCAGUGAAAUCCACAUGCCCGGGGAGGUGAAGAGCGACCCGGCCGCCCUCAUGGCAUCCCUGCAGCUUAUGCCCACGCCGGUGCCCAACCCGGAGAUCAAGUACACCAAGAUUUUUAUCAAUAAUGAGUGGCAGGACUCUGUCAGCGGGAAGGUCUUUCCAGCUUUCAACCCAGCGACUGGGGAGCAGAUCUGCGAUGUCCAAGAAGCAGACAAGGCCGAUGUUGAUAAAGCAGUGCAAGCCGCUCGUCUUGCCUUUUCAUUGGGCUCUGUAUGGCGAAGGAUGGACGCCUCCGAGCGGGGACGACUGCUCUCCAAACUGGCUGAUCUGGUGGAGAGAGACAGCAUCUAUCUCGCUACUAUUGAGUCACUCAACAGUGGGAAGCCUUUUCUGCCUACUCUGUUUGUGGACCUUCAAGGGACCAUAAAGACAUUGAGAUACUUUGCCGGAUACGCAGACAAGAUCCAUGGUACUUCGAUUCCGAUGGAUGGAGAAUAUCUGACGUUUACCAGAUAUGAGCCCAUUGGAGUUUGUGGACAAAUUAUCCCUUGGAACUUCCCUCUCAUGAUGACGGCAUGGAAGCUGGGGCCGGCACUGGCAUGUGGAAACACUGUCAUCCUCAAACCUGCUGAGCAGACACCACUCACUUGCCUCUACAUGGCAGCUCUCGUCAAGGAGGCCGGCUUUCCACCGGGAGUCGUCAAUAUUUUGCCGGGAUUCGGGCCAACGGCGGGAGCAGCGAUCGCUUCGCACAUGGGCAUUGACAAAGUGGCGUUCACAGGCUCGACAGAGGUUGGAAAACUGAUCCAGGAAGCAGCUGGGAAGACUAACCUGAAGAGAGUGACACUGGAGCUGGGAGGCAAGAAUCCAAACAUCAUAUUUGCAGAUGCUGACUUGGAUCUGGCUGUUGAACAGGCCCACCAGGGCGUGUUCUUCAAUGCGGGCCAGUGUUGCACCGCUGGCUCGCGUGUCUUUGUGGAGGAGCCCAUCUAUGAGGAGUUUGUCCACAGAAGCGUAGAGCGAGCCAAGAGGAGGACAGUAGGAAGCCCGUUUGAUCCCACCGCGGAGCAGGGUCCACAGAUCAGUCGGGAGCAUCAAAAUCGUGUGCUGGAGUUCAUUCAGAGUGGCAUCAGCGAAGGUGCCAAAUUGGAAUGUGGAGGAAAACCUUUGGGCAUGAAGGGUUUCUUCAUUGAGCCCACGGUGUUCUCCAACGUGAAGGACGACAUGCGCAUAGCCAGAGAAGAGAUUUUUGGACCAGUACAGCAGAUCAUGAAGUUCAAGACGGUGGAGGAAGUGAUUGAGCGGGCCAACAACACAAACUAUGGUUUGACUGCUGCUGUCUUCACCAGUGACAUCAACAAAGCCAUGACCAUAACUACAGCCAUGCAAGCUGGCACUGUCUGGAUAAACUGCUUCAACGCACUCAGCACACAGUGUCCAUUUGGAGGAUAUAAAAUGUCUGGCAAUGGACGUGAAUUGGGAGAGAGUGGCCUGAGGGAGUACUCAGAGGUGAAGACCAUCACAAUGAAGGUGGUCGCCAAGAACUCUUAAGGCAUCCUCUGGUUUUUGGAAGAGGAGGUAGCAUCUUCCUCAGUAGCGAUGGGUGACAAACCAUCAAAAUCUCCAUGGUGACUACAGGCUGUGACCGCUCUCCGCCCCUCAACCGCUCUCACCCCUCUCGCGCCCCUCGGACAGUCGGCCGGUCCCAACGGGACGACGUCCAGCUGACCCGAGUGUGUGCAUCGGAUCACCGCUGAAGCACCCCGUUUACCUCCUCCACUAACACCACUAAAGCACUCACAAAGACAAUGGGGCAAAUCCCAAUAACCUGCAACCGCUACACCCUUAUCCCCAACUACACUUCCCUCUUCAGAGCGUGAAGAAGCUGCUGCCGGACUCUGUCGCUGCACUUGCGUUCAAACAUUUCAAUACCGUCUGUGUUGGAGGCAGUGCCGUCAAACCUCACGCGUCGUUGCUUUUGGCUUGGAUUUAUGCAAGCAUGUACCCCCUGGUUUCAAGACCUCUGAUGCUGUCAUUCGCCUCAGUUUUAAAUGGAUGAAAUGUUAAUUCCAAAUUGAUUUCUAAUUGUCUUUGUUUUAACUUGACUUAACACUGUAUGGUGACCUUUGACUUUGAUUUGAACCUCUUAAAAAAAA